CCCGCCAACCCUGCGAGCAAACAGUAUGGAAUCGUGCUGGAUGCUGGAUCUUCCAGAACCACAGUCUACGUCUAUCAGUGGCCGGCGGAGAAGGAGAAUAAUACAGGAGUGGUCAAUCAAACGCUCAGAUGCAGUGUGAAAGGCUCUGGGAUCUCCAGCUAUGCGAAGAACCCCCAAGAUGUCCCCCAAACCUUUGAGGAGUGCAUGCAACACAUCAAGAAGCAGAUUCCAGUCCACCUCCAUGGUUCCACCACCAUUCACCUGGGAGCCACGGCUGGGAUGCGCUUGCUGAGGUUGCAAAAUGAAACAGCAGCCAGUGAAGUCCUUGCAAGCAUCCAAAACUACUUCAAGUCCCAGCCCUUUGAUUUUAGGGGUGCUCAAAUCAUUUCUGGGCAAGAGGAAGGGGUAUAUGGAUGGAUUACAGCCAACUAUUUAAUGGGCAAUUUCCUGGAGAAGAACCUGUGGCGCUCGUGGACGCGUCCACAUGGAGUGGAGACGACAGGAGCCCUGGACCUGGGUGGGGCCUCCACCCAAAUCUCCUUCGCGGUGGAAGAGCAGGAAGGGCUGAACACCAGCGACAUCGUGCAGGUGUCCCUGUAUGGCUACGCGUACACCCUGUAUACACACAGCUUCCGGUGCUAUGGGCGGAACGAAGCGGAGAAGACAUUUCUGGCCAAGCUCCUUGAGGCUUCUCCCAACAAAUCCCACCUCACCAACCCCUGUUACCCAAGGGAUUAUGCCGCCACCUUCCCACUGUCCCACAUGUUUGGCAGUCUGUGCACAUGGCACCUGAAGCCGGCCGAUUACAGCCCCUCCGACACCAUCACUUUUGAGGGAACUGGGGAUCCAUCGUUGUGCCGGGAGAAGGUGGCUUCCCUGUUUGACUUUGGAGGGUGCCCAGACCCAGAAGUCUGUUCGUUUAAUGGAGUAUAUCAGCCCAGGGUCAGAGGGCCAUUUGUGGCCUUUGCGGGAUUCUACUACACAGCCAGUGCGUUAAAUCUUUCCGGGAGCUUUUCCCUAGGAACCUUUAACUCCAGCACCUGGACCUUCUGCUCACAGACUUGGAGUCAGCUCCCGCUGCUGCUCCCCAGGUUUGAGGAGGAGUACGCCCGCUCCUACUGCUUCUCCGCCCACUACAUCUACCACUUGCUCGUCGGAGGAUACAAGUUCACCGCAGAGACUUGGCCCCAAGUCCAUUUUAAAAAAGAAGUGGAGAACAGCAGCAUAGCCUGGUCUCUUGGCUACAUGCUCAACUUGACCAACCAGAUCCCAGCCGGAAGCUCCCUGAUUCAACUGCCCAUUCAGCCGCCGGCCUUUGUGGGCAUUCUCACCGCCUUUGCUGUGGUGGCCUCGCUGUGUCUGGCCUUUCUUGUGUACCUGUGUGCGGUGUCCCGGAUACAGAAGCCCUCCCAGCAUUCCUUUGACCACACUGUGGACUCAGAGUGAGCCUCACCUCGGGCAGCUGCUCUUGAAGCCCAAGGGCUGCCCAGAGAGCCAGGCUGGCCGUGUGCCAGGCAACAGACAAAAUGUUCUCCAGGAAACCCAGCUGAAGUCAAAUAGCCUAAGGCCUCCCCAUGCUGAUUCUCGCCAAAUCUCCUCUGGGAGUGCGCCUUCGCUGUGUUUGCACACUGCUCCUCCGCAGCCCAGACCCCCACUGGAUCUCUCCGGAAUCCAGGGAGAGAUAUGCCAUUGAGGUCAGGCUCUCGGCCCCAGUGUUCCCCGAGAUGGAGCAAGUUGAGGCUGUGCCAGUUAAUGAUGAAGAACGGCUCUCCAGGCUCAAGGGCCAUUCUCCCUCCCUCAGAAUUCCUCCGGCAAAUGUCAGUGCUGCUGGGUGCCACGAAGACCAGGGAGUUCAAUCCUAAAUUCCACUUUAUCAGAGCCAACCCUGCCCCACUCCCCUUAGGUCCUUAGCUAACCCCUUUGGCAAACCUGUCCCAUCGAGUGCCUGGGACAGGUGCUGGGGGCAGAAGACCCCUUUAUCGCAAGGCAGAGGCUACUGCCUGGCUUCUCUUCCAUGGUAAAACCUGAAGCACAGUCACACACAGGACUUAGCUUCUCCCAGGGCAGUGCAGACGGUCCCCACAGUGGAAUCCCACCCAGGGCUCUGGUCUCUAGCUUCCAGCCUGGAGACUUCAGUAGCCUCAUCUCCCCCUUCACAGUCCUGUGGCCGCUUAGAGCCUACUUCGACUGCUAGGGGGUCACUGUCUUCUAGACCAUGUUUCCCUCGCGAGGCUUUUGCUUAGAGAACUGCCCUGUCAUCGCCUGCAUGGUGUGUUUCCUUGGCCCACCACGUACACCUGAUGUCCUCAAAGCCAUCCUUCAUCUCUAAUUUGCUGACCAGUGACUUUCCUGGCUCCCACGACUCUGAGUGCUGGCUGUAGACCUCGACUUGGGGCCAGAGCAGGAAGCUGCAGGAACCAUUUCCAUCCACAGUGGGAGGGGAAAGACACCAGCAACUCCACCAGGGACAAACCCAAAUGUCCCCUUCUUUCCAAUUGCUGUGUGUGCCCUUACCCCUGAUGAAAUAAAGGACUUUUAGUUUCUCUGGA